AUUGUGUCCGCGCUGCCGGCCACACGGCUUCAUGACCGCGACCAGUAAAGCUAAAUGGGUCCAGUCACUGGAAUGACUCCAGAUAAGAAAGCUGAAACGCCAGGAGCAGAAAAAGCUGCAGGACUACGGCAGUGUCAUGGAAUGGGAAGCUUGCCUGAUACAGGUGAUGCUGGGAGGCCAAAGGCCACUGUGGUGGACAGAGAUUCGUCAGAUGACGAGCUCACAAAUUUGAACUGGCUUCAUGAAAGUACUAAUCUUCUAACAAACUUCAGCCUCGGAACUGAGGGUCUUCCCAUCGUUAGCCCCUUAUAUGACAUUGAGGGUGACAGUGUGCCAUCCUUCUCGCCGUCUUGCUACCAGAACCCUGAAAAAAAAUCCUCCACUUCCAAACCCCCUUAUUCUUUCAGCCUUCUCAUUUACAUGGCGAUUGAGCAUUCCCCCAACAAGAGCUUGCCAGUGAAAGAAAUCUACAGCUGGAUCCUGGAGCGCUUCCCUUACUUUGCCACAGCACCCACUGGCUGGAAGAACUCAGUCCGACACAACCUUUCCUUGAACAAGUGUUUCCGAAAGGUGGAGAGAAGCCAUGGCAAGGUGAAUGGAAAAGGUUCAUUAUGGUGUGUUGAUCCGGAGUAUAAACCUAAUCUUGUCCAAGCAUUGAAAAAGCAGCCUUUUUCCUCAGCACUUGCAUUUUAUACUCCGCCAGCAUCACCACCAAGUAGGUCAGCAUCACCUCACUACCUAGCCUCAGUCCUUCAGCAGACUCAUGGCCGGUCUCUCAAAGAAUCUGAUAUUGAUGCUGCUACUGCAAUGAUGCUGUUAAAUACUUCCAUUCAACAAGGGAUGUUGGACUGUGAGAAACCUCAGCCGCUGAAGACAUCUAAGAAGAGGAGUUACGGCAGCGCGUUCAAUUCUCCCAGUUCCAUAAAUCUGCAAGAAAAUGAUUCUGCCGCCACCAAUAUUGAUCCAAAGGAGGAUCACAACUACAGUGCCAGCAGCAUGGGUUCCCAGCGCUGUGCAUCUAGAUCCAGCAUGUCUUCCUUGUCCUCCCUUGACGAGGUGUAUGAAUUUAUCUCCAAGACCAGCCAUGAUGGAAGCGAUGGCAGUGAAGGAUUUCACAGUGAAGUGGAUACAGACGUUGACUAUGAAGAUGAUCCUCUUGGAGACAGUGGCUAUGCAUCACAACCCUGUGUAGAUACCUCUGAGAAAAGUCAGUCUAGCGACAAAGCGUUCCAGGAGUUAUGUCAAGAAAUUGAUGAGGAGUUAAAAGAAGCAGCAGGGUCUCUGCUCCACCUUGCUGGCAUCCAAACGUGCUUGAGUUCCUUAAUAAGUACUGCAAAGACCCACUGUCACAAGCAAAGGAAAAAAUAGUAUGUUUCUCAGUGUUUAAUAUAUACAUAUAUUUUUUUUAAUUGUGGCAAUACUCUUCUACUUUACCCUUCACAAGGGAGAUCAAAGCCAUAAGAGGACUCAUUGCUUUUUUAUUUUUGGCACCAACUAUAAUUUAGCCAUUUAUUUUUAAAUCACUGCCUAAAAAGAAAAAAAAAAUAUUUAAUCUUUGCAAAUUAGAAGAGAUGCGUGACUUGUGAAAACCUGAAAGCAUACUUCUUAAUGAUCACUUUUUUUUCUUUUUAAUAUUUGCUUUUAUGUUUUUUUCCUAGAGAUACGUUUGUUCAGAUGCAUGUUGUGGUUCAUAUUUGCAUCUCUGCUGGCCCCAUCUCCAGAGGUGAAUUUUGCCCUGAGGACUCUAAUUUCAUGUAAAGAAUUAAAAAGGAGGAUAAAUAAGAAAGGGAAAAAAAACAAACCCAAAUGUCCUGGCCUUGGUUGCCUCCUCCCACUUGUCCUCUCUUCACUCUUCUGAGACAGGUCCUGUGGAAGCGCUGGUGAAGCAGCUCUGAGCAGCUGCAGUUCUCAGCCUGUCUGAAAUAAUGGCUGAAACCUACAGCACUCCAGGAGCUGCUUUCAGCAAGAUGUGAAGUACCACCAGAAGAGUGGGCAUAAGGGGUAGCUGAGGUGGGUGCCACUCACAGUUUUCUUUUUUUUCCUCCUUCCCCCAAGUCAGAUUCCUGAAGGAAAACAGCUAAUUUUUUUUCCCAUCAGAAGACAAAUUGGUUUUGGGGGGUGUGUGUCCUUUUCAUGCAGAUGCACACAUGCAUACAUGCACUGUGGAUGUAGCCAACAGUAAAAGCUGCCAUGUGCCAAGUUUGAUGUUCUUGUCUUCCCACCGCUGUUGUAUAGAUAGUAGCUGUGCAGUUCUGCAACAUCUACCCUUCUGCUCCUCUAUAGCAAUCUGGGGAGUUAAAAAGAAGCCAACAGUUAAUGGUGGUGACAACAUGGACUAGGUGGAGGCUUUAGGAGGCCUACGUGUUGAAUGACUGCUGAAAAGGGAACUAAUCUGAUACAAAAUUGAAUAGCUUCCUUUUGGAUUAGUGAACCCUGAGUUGCUUUUGUGAUUUUUGCCCCUUCCCCCAAAGCUUGUUGGUUUUGUCACAUAGGCUGUCCCUACCUUUAGUUUCCCAGAUCACUGUGCCUUGUGCUGUGUGAGUCCUGUCAGUCUCCUGCUGCAUCCAUCUAUCAAGCAAGGCUAGCCUUUAGUCUUUGGAUGUACAUUGUAGCUCAGGAGGACCUCUCUGUUAUGGGAAGAAUUUCCUUCACAAUUCAUUUUUGCAAUAAAAGAAUCUCUUUAUAGUUCCCAGACAUCCUUUGGCCAAAAAUGUUUUCAAGUUACAGUAAGCUUUUUUCCUCUUUUAAAAAAGCUAUUUUAUUUUAAAAUCAGCAGUGAUUGCUUAUAUCCUCUUGUAGACGAUGGCUUCUGAUUUUUUUUAAGGUUUCUGUUCACAAAUGGGUAAGCAGUUCUGUUGGAGUAGGUUUUAACAAUACUGCAAGUAUAAGGAUGCCUUAAGUAUGUUGCAGAACCGUAUACAACUAUCAAAGGUCAUCUUUCCCCUUUCCAAAAAGUAGCAUGAUGUGCCAUAAAUGUUCUCCCUAACACAUAAAGCUAUUCUUCCCAGCAGAUGUUGGGCAAGUUGGUUGAAAAUUAGGAACAGAGCCACCUAGGAAACCAAUGUCAACUGCUUUGGUCCUUGAAAACAGCACUGGAUCAGCCAAAAGUUAACUUUUCCCCAAAGGGGUAUUUUUCUGGCUAUUUGGAGGCCUUGCUUAGAUCAGCGUGGUUUUCUGAUUUUUUUUUUUUUUUUCUUAUUUGUCAGUCUCUUCAUGAAUACUGCCAUAAACUGUCUACUUUGUAUACAAACACAGCCAUGCUGCUGAAGGUCUGUUGCUCUGAGGGCCUGUUCCAGUGCCUCUUGAAGACAACAGUGGUGCUCCCACUGACUCAAUGGCUGUUGGAUCAAGCCUCAAUUCUUUGAGUUUCUUCGUGUUUUUUGGAAUUUAAAGCCAAUAUUAUUUUUUUAACCCACAAACACUAGAAAAAUAAGUCAUGAUUUGUUUGGUUGUUUUUUCCCCAAUUACUUGAGUUUUAAGAAUGAUUUGGUUUGUCUUGAAAGGGAAGGAAAAUACUCUGCUGCAUUCCUGCUUUGUGUGAGCAUCUUUUAGCCUACACCCAUAACAGGGCAAGGUGUGUGCAGAUGUGUAUGUCUUCUGGAUAUCACAAGUGGUGCAUUAGCCAAUUAGAUCUGAUAUCAAAAAGUGUUACUGAUGGAUAAAGUAGAGAUAAAACUUGCUAUAUAAAGGAAAAUUAAGUACCAGCACAGUGGUUCUUAGGAUUUUGAGAGGUGGGCAUGUGAAGGCUUAGUAGAACUGCUUUUUGCUCAUGGGUUGCUUUUGUACCUUGAUCCUUGAUGGAAAACUGCAAAGGGCAGAGUUUGUGUUAAUGCAAAAAUGAGGAUUCAGCUCCACGCAAAUAUUGUUAGCAGUCUAGGAUUCUGCUUGGUGCCGUGAUUUCAGUUGCAUGCUGCUGAAGAGGGGUGCUGCUUGCCUCCUGCUGAAGGUGGCUGCAGCUUUCCUGUAGUUUCCAGUGAAAGCUGGAUCAAGGUCCAAGUGUUCUGGAAACUGCGGUCAUAGUUGGCUCUGUGGUUUGGUUCUAAAUUAUUUUUUUGUCUCAUAAAAUUUGAGAAGGUUAACACUUACUAGGAGUGUGGUUGUGCCACUGUUAACCCUGAAGUUAGUUAUAAUGACUUCAGCAGUUCUGAAGGGAUGUGGUUGGGAUGCUAACAAUGCAUUUAAUUACCAUACGCAACGAGCAAUAAAACCAUACUAAUCAAAAGUUGGUGAAAGCUGCAUCAACCUGUACAGCUUUCAGCCUGGAAGAAAUGGAAUAGUGGAAGGAGGGGUAAGCAGGGCCACGCUCUCCAUGCUUUGCCAACUUCCUUCUCUUCUUCCAAGGGAGAAGGCAGCUGAUCACUGCCCCUGAUGUAUCCCACCACUUUGUCCCACACCUCUGCCCAGGCAUUUUGGCAGGCCAAGGCUGCCAGCCCAGUUGCAGAGCACCUCUCUUGGUAGUGGGAGACUAGCUGCCCUUCCUUCCACUUACCUAUCUAGGUUUGGGUUUGUUUGCCACCUCAAUUAAGAGACCCUGGUGUAUAUAGUAUAAAUGGAGUAUAAUUAAAAGUUAUGUUGAUUGUUUGGUUUUGGGUUGUUUUUUUAGUGACAUAUGUAAAAUGUUCCUGCCAAUGGUUGACUUGGAUAUAUUUUGGCAAGAAAAGUAUUAAUGAACCACAUUCAAUUAUUUAAAUACAGUGAAGAAGUGUAUGAGACUUGUGUACAAGGGAGGCUGCUCUGUUCAGGAUAAAUCUGAUGUGAAUACUGUACGAAUACUGUAUUGGCCUUCCAGAUCCCAAUAUUAAACUACUGCUUUUGCAAAAGUCACAUCAAACAUUUUAAAAUCCAAAUGCAGGUUGUAUGGUUUGCUACUUUUUAUCAGCCUGAAAAGUAAGUACAAGCUUUGGUGAAAGCAAAGUACACUCAUACAUGUUAAUAAUGGUGUAGUCAAAAUAUUUAUUGAAAAGAAAAGGUAGAAUAUUUUAAAUGUUGCACCUGCCAUUAUAUCUUAAAGCACAUUCUUCACAUCUAACUGCCAGUGCCAUUAUCAAGUCUGUUUUAUAAAUGUACAUUUCUUCAAACUAAAAAGUGCAUAAUUGAAAGUAUUAUGUUACUGCCAUAUAGUGAUAUAAAACAUUUUAUAAUUGCCAAUUCAUUGUAACUAUUAUUUAUUUAAAAGUGAGUUGUAACAAUGCUUUCUGAUCAAAUGAACCAGAGUUGUUUUUAAACCAUUCCCGUUAGCUUGUUUCUAAUGUAGCAUAAGCAAUGUCCUUGGGUUUGUUUAGAAUAAUUUUGCCAGUAGGUGACCAGUUCUAACCCUUUUUUCUCCAUUUUAGUCCUUUACCCGUUUUAAAAGACAAUUUACAGAAGUUUAGUUUUUUGUAUGCUAAUCUCUGUUAAUUAAAAUGUUUAUAAAGUUUAUUUUUACCAAAGAGAUGCAAUUCAUUAUGACAAAAUAUUGCAGAAUAAACUUUGUUUUAUAACA